AUCAAUAACUGCCCUCUCAUCUCUUGCGAGAGUGAGAGUUCAACCAACUAAUUUAUCAGAAGUGAAUUUUCUGGUGAUGCUCAACUGACUUCCUGUGAUUCUUGUCUCCAAUUUGAGUGUGUGAAAAAUGUCAGAGUAUCCGGAAAAUAUUCCCGAAGGGGAUGAUCUAUCCACGGAGUCCGUUGAGGUGCUGAGGGAGCGCCUCAGCACCAUGAAACAGAUCAUGUCGGACCGAAAGGCUAAUCAAUCGAAGAAUUCUCGCGAUGAUUUCUGGACGCAGCCCCAAAGGAUGGGUUCCAGCAUAAUCGAUGGGACUUUUCUCAGCGUGGCUUUCGGUGGGGCUCUCUGUGUGAUUGUCUCAGUCUCCGUAUACGCCUUCUACAACCUCUACCAUGCAAUCCUCAAGAAAUUCCCCUCACAUCACACUGAGCUGUAAGGAAUUGUCCAGGACGACAGACACCAGAGCUCGAGCAAAGAAAAAAACCUCGUUAUUUUUGUGGUUUUCAACCGACUGUGUGUAUUUUCCUCAAUACAGUUUUCUUUCUUGUGAUUAUAGUUAAUUUUACAAAUAAAUAUGUUUCCUUGAUUGGAUUACCAUAAAGAGUCAAUAUUUACACAGAAAAAAAAUAAUAAGACAUCCUCACCGACGCACAAAAAAAAACAAUACUUUAUCCAGAAACAGAUCUCAAUCACAUUUAGAUUAACUAUUUUAUCAUCGCAUACUCAAUACACUUUAUUCCUUAUUUUAUUUUUAAUAAAACUGCAUAGAAAGUUGUUCAAUAAUUUUUUUUAGAGAUUUUCCUCUAUCGCAUCAAAUAUUCUGAUCGCAUUUGAAUUCUUUACAAAUCUUUUCGUUUCAUUUUUUUAUUAAUUGUAAUUUUUGGGAAAAAUCCCUUUAAUAAACCUACUAGUAUAUUAUCUUAUCAAUUGUAAAUUGUAAAAAGUUCCUACUAUAAUCCUAAGGACAAUUUCACUGAUGUUUCAUUUUUAUUCCUCAGCCGCAAAAAAAAAAUCCUUCGUGUAAAGAGACGUUUUAAGGCAAAAUUUAG